AUGGGCUGUUUGUGCCCUAAAACCGAAUAUUGCUUGAAUCGCCAACGCCCCUACGAGCGCUCAACUGGGCAGAAUCCCCUCAAGAUUGUUUGGACUCCAUCUGAGGUGAGGCUGUGCGUCCCGCCUGCUCCCCUCAUUGGCAAUCUGCUAUUUAUUCCCUGCGCCGCGAGCAGACCGGGGACAUGCGCCCAUAGGAACCUAGUAAUUAAGAGGGGAAAAAAAAAGAUCAAUUGGGCAAUUGGGGGCUUGCAAGUAAGCCAAAGCACUUGGCUGGCCGCUGAUGAACGUUUCUUUUCCUUCCCCUUGUCAAAUCAGCAAGAAGCAGAAGGACCCCUGCAAGAGAGCGGCAACGGUUUGGGGAAGUUCAUCACUGCGAAGACGAAGCGGCCGACCGAACGAGUACGGGCAAAGGUCAGGUCAAAACAUAAAACAAGGACCAGCACAAGGAACUCGAAGACAACGGACCCUGAUACAAACCUUGUCCCUUUACUCCAAGCUAUGCCGUUCGGGCGGGCAGGCAAAGGGCAGCAGCAGAGCAACAGCCCCGGUGUGUCGCCAGCACUCCAACAGCCGCAUCAAAUUCAACAAGGCCUCUCCCAGCAGCAGCAACAGCAACAGCAGCAACAGCAGUCGCCGCUGCAACAUUCCUUAGCAAGCGGUGUCGCGCAGUCAUCAUCGCCCGCCAACGUCUUCAGCCCCGUUGACGCAUCCCCCAAAAACCCGAUUCAGAACCUACCGAUCAGACAGUCGAGUAAUUCCUCGUUCGAUUUGCGAUUUCAACAACAGCAGCAGGCACAACUGCAACAACAACAACAACAACAACAACAACAACCCAGCCCAUCGCCGCAGAUCGACUUUGACCAAGUCGGCCGGAGCCAGAGCCAUCGCUUCCCUCACCAACCACCACCUCCUACUUACGCCGUUGCUUCGAGCUCCUUUGACGACCUGCAUUCCACACAUUCGCUCGCUGUCUCAUCGCCAUUACUUCAGCAGGGCCAGCAUAACUUUCCCACGUCGCCAUUGCUACAGCACCCCCAACAUCAACACCUUCAGCAGCUGCCACUGCAACAACAGUCACCUCCAGUCGAGACUCGCAAAUCCACACGGAAGCUCGUUAAGAACAUCUUCUCCUCGAGCCGCAGCUCCGACAAUUCGUCACAACAUCACGCAAAGGGGUCAAUUGAUCAAGGUCCCCCUCAGGUUCAACGGCGGGCCUCGCAGCGGGUGAGCCAGACUUUUCACAGCAGGAGCUCAGCCCCUCAGUCAACAUUGGACCAGCAGCAGCAACAGCUCCAUCAGCUACAUCAGCAGCAGCAGCAACAACAACAACCCCCCUCCGACUGGCAAUCUCAAUUAUCUAGCCCAGACCUGGCCCAGUUGAACGCGCGGGAUCCCCUGAGACUAGGGAUUCGUCAAGUCCAAACGGAUCUAGGACCUGCAUCGUAUAGCCAAGGCGAUCAGGCCGCUCUAUAUAAUCACCAGCAGCAAUCCGGCUCUUCCCAGGAACUAUCUCGUACCCAGGGCCAGUCACACUUUGAUUCGUCGGGGCACCAGCACCAACAGUUUCAGCUCCAAACACAGCAAUUCCACAAUCAUCCCUCUGGGCCGCCUCCAGUUUAUACAGGUGGACACCUGGGGCCGAACUCAAGCAACCAGAACCCGGAGACCAUCUCGCAACUUUCGCGCGACUCACCCGUUACUGACUCGGAGCAGAUAGCUGUCAACUUGCACUCAAGUCAAAACUCCCCUGCAGUUAACUACCCUUCAAGCUCUCAAGACUUGUCGAACCCUGGGACCCAACACCAGCACCAUCCGCAUCAAGAACAGGAUCAAGGUCAGAAUCAGAUUCUAACUCAAGGUCAGGGCCAAACGCAGCAGUCACAGCCGCACCAGCAGCAGCAUCAAUCCCGUAAUCCCCUAGACGGCGAAGACAUGGCUCCGCCUGGCCAACCAGGGCAGCCUCCGAUUCGCCGGUCGCAGGACGCCGAAAAGGGUAUGCGGGGUCAGCAACAGAUGGAACCCCCACCCGGCCCGCCUCCAAACUACAGGCACAGCCAAUCUUCCUCUGCAAACCCAAUGCAACAGUCUGGCCCUGGCGGCAUGCCUCAAAACUAUAGCAGAGGCGGCGCGUCUCAGGACCGUCAGUUUAACGAUGCGCAACCCGGUGAGAGGACUAGUAGUCCUCAGCCUGAGGCUGUCGAGCCGGAUAAGGCCUUCAAAGAGUUACUAACCAAAUACAAGAACGUCAAGAGGUUGUACUUUGAUGGAAAGAACCAGAUUGAAGGGCUCAACAACCAGGUUGAGCAAUUGCAAAAUGCGGUCGCGAAUCAGCGAAUCUCACAGUCACGCACGGCGCUCGAUGACAAUGAGUACACAACGCGCUUCAACCGCCUCAACGGCGCCAUUAACAACCUGUCAUUCAACAUUCGCAAGGACUGGGUCAUGAUUCCUCCACUGCUUGAUGGCUUUGUCAGCGCCGAUGCGCUGCGGACCGGCAAGCAGGAGAUGACGGCAGUCGGUCGGGCUGCAAUCACACACUGGGUUGUCGAGUUCGUCUUCAACAAGUGUUUCCACCCAGGUCUGCCACCAGACCUGUCGCGCGAGCUCAAGCACAUCGAGCAGAAUAUACGGACAUUCUCAUAUACCUUGAACAGUCAAGAGGAGUAUGAUGCGCUUACGUCCAAGGUUGUCAGCUGGAGGAUGGCAACGCUCGAGGGUCUACAGCCAGUGCUGCAGUCAUCAAGGAGUGCGGAGCACCGCGUUGAAUUCACAAGAUUAGCAACUGAAGGGUUAACCAACAAACUGUUUGAACAUCUGACAAACCCGCCCCCUCCAGGUGUGGAUGGCAGUGUGUCGAUGAUAGUCGAGCUUGCCGUCGGAAUUGCGGCCAACUUGCCCCUGGAGAGCCGUGACGUGGCAGUGACGUACCCGUUGCCUGGGUCGCAGAUAAAUCCAAGCCUAAUGGAAGUGGAGAAGACGGGUCUGCCCGCACUCGAGUUGCGGACGGCUGACGGUGAAGGGGCUGGUGACAGCGACGAGCAGCAGGAAGACCGCAUCGCGGCCAAGGACGGCAAGGCCGGACAAAAGAGCGGAGCCUCGCGCGUUGGUGACAAGGCAGCCAAGAGCGGUAUGUCAUCAACACUUUCAAACAUUCUCGGCGGAUCUUCGCGCAAGGGCAGCGUGGCAUCGGUAGCCGGGCAACGACAACAGUCGAUCUCUUCAACCUCAAUCGUCAGCAACGGUGGUACUGACGUGGGGAUAUCAGCAGCAGCUUCUUCAUCAACGACAAACCUGCUCUCGAAAGAAGUCAGCAACAAGAUUCGGUAUGCCGGCUUUGUGGUCGUCGAGGUCAGGGGCCGACAGGUUCUCGUCAAGGCACCCGUGUGGAGCAUUGCAUGA